AGUUACAUAGUGUUUGAUGCAGUUGAUGUCAUAGUCCAGUUUGAUGGCUACAGUACUUUACUGGUCAGGAUGGGUCGCCAGUAUCAGAACAGAGUCACUGGAAUGUGUGGGAACUUCAACGGCGAUCCUACUGAUGACAAAGUUUUGCCCAACGGUACAUUGGCCCAAGAUGACAAUCACUUUGGUCAGAGCUGGAAAUCAGAGACGAGCCAAGCAGGAUGCGGAACCACUGAUGAAAGAAGUGGCAAUGGAUUGAGUGACUGCAGCUUUAUAGAAGAAUACACCGAACUCUGCAGAGUCAUCACCAACACCAGCGGCCCGUUCAGUUCCUGUCACCUGCACUCUGACCCGCAGCCAUUUUUCACUUCCUGUGUUUAUGAUCUCUGCCUCUACACACCAGCCAAUGGCAUGCUGUGUUCUGCUGUCUCUGCCUAUGAGAAAACCUGCACUGUUUUGGGCCUAAACAUCCCAGACUGGCGUUCUCCUUUGCAUUGUGCUGAGACUGACCCCUGUGAACAGCUGGACUGUGCAGAGUAUGAGUGGUGUGGGGAGAAAGAUGGUGUGUACGGCUGUUUCCGUGAUGAGCACCACCACAGACCCAACAAUGAGAGCUACGGUGGAAUGACAACGCAGAAUGCUGGUGGAAUGACAAGUCAGAAUGCAGGUGGAAUGACAACAAAGAAUACAGGUGGAAUGACAAGUCAUAAUGCAGGUGGAAUGACAAGUCAGAAUGCAGGUGGAAUGACAACGCAGAAUGCAGGUGGAAUGACAAGUCAGAAUGCAGGUGGAAUGACAACGCAGAAUGCAGGUGGAAUGACAAGUCAGAAUGCAGGUGGAAUGACAACGCAGAAUGCAGGUGGAAUGACAAGUCAGAAUGCAGGUGGAAUGACAACGCAGAAUGCAGGUGGAAUGACAAGUCAUAAUGCAGGUGGAAUGACAACGCAUAAUACAGGUGGAAUGACAAGUCAUAAUGCAGGUGGAAUGACAACACAGAAUGCAGAUGGAAUGACAAUUCAGAAUACAGGUGGAAUGACAACGCAGAAUUCAGGUGGAAUGACAAGUCAUAAUGCAGGUGGAAUGACAACGCAGAAUACAGGUGGAAUGACAAGUCAGAAUGCAGGUGGAAUGACAACGCAGAAUGCAGGUGGAAUGACAACGCAUAAUACAGGUGGAAUGACAACGCAGAAUGCAGGUGGAAUGACAACGCAUAAUACAGGUGGAAUGACAACGCAGAAUGCAGGUGGAAUGACAAGUCAGAAUGCAGGUGGAAUGACAACGCAGAAUGCAGGUGGAAUGACAAGUCAGAAUGCAGGUGGAAUGACAACGCAGAAUACAGGUGGAAUGACAAGUCAGAAUGCAGGUCAGCUGAAAGUUCUACCUAUCUAUACAGAGCCGCCAAUAACUACAACUACAGAGCCACCAACAACUCCAGCUCCAGAUCCCUGUGAACAGCUGCACUGUACAGCGUAUGAGCGGUGUGGAGAGAAAGACGGUGUGUACGGCUGUUUCUGUGAUGAGGACCACCAUAGACCCAACAAUGAGAGCUAUGACUCAAACAUCACAUGCAGCAGCAGUUCAGGCAUCAUGUCCAUCUCUCGCUGCCAGCUGUUUGAAGCAGGCUUUCACCCCAGUGCUCUCCACCUCCGAGAUGAAUCUUGCAACGGGACGAUCCAGGACGGACGACUCGUGUUCCACUUUGACAACGACAACCAUCUGUGUGGGACAACUCUGAGGAGCAAUGGAACUCACUUCAUGUAUGAGAACAGCAUUCAGGGGGACGUGGACACUCAUGGAGGUCUGAUCAGUCGUCAGAGGAACCUUCAUCUAAGCUUCUGCUGUGUUUACCCUCUGGAACAGGCCCUGUCAAUGUCUGUGGGCAUCAAUCCCUUGGAGAGCAUUCUGAGGAAGAAGCUUUCUGUUGGCAUCGGGUCAUAUCGUAUGAGAAUGAUCCCUUAUUUGGAUGAAGGCUUCCUUUUCCCCCUCAGCACUAACAGAAACAUAGAAAUGGAAGUUGAUGAGAUGUUUUACGUGGAGGUGCGAACAGAGGGAGUGGAUCAGCAUCAGCUUUCCACAGUUCUUGAUUCAUGCUGGGCCACGCCGGUCAACCAAGCAAACUACCCCGUCCGCUGGGAUCUCAUUAUUUCACAGUGCCCCAAUCCAGCAGAUGGAACCGUAGAGGUGAUUCAGAAUGGUGUCUCCACUGCGGCACGUUUCUCCUUCAGGAUGUUCACUUUUACCAACCACACAGAGAUCUACCUGCACUGCAAUGUUCACUUGUGUCUUUUGACAAACAACAACUGCACAGUUGACUGCUAUCCGGGUCAUCUCACCCGCGUCCGGAGAGACGUAUCUUACCAUGACUCAGGAAGUCUAUCACUAGGACCACUAGUCCUUGGAGCAAAGCAGACGACUGGUGCACCGAUCUACAGAAAUGGUGCUUCAGGCCACCUGACAUCAAUUGUUACCCUGAUUGUCAGUUUGCUGAUGGCCAUUUAAUAUCUAUUAAAACUUUACUUAUGAUUUAUGCUGGUUAGAGACAUUUUCUGGGAUUUUGGUAUUUAUAGUAAUUGGGUGAAAAACAGAAACUAUUUUACAUUACAAUAUCAACCAUUUGUUGAAUCCAUGUAAAAUGUAGUUGUUACUUUUGUGGGAUUUCUGUAUUAUUACUUGAUAAUCUAAAAGAAUGUGAACUAUCAACUGUGAUGCAGGUCUUAAAGUUACACAUAUAUAGAGAGUUAAUUAAAAUCAACAGGAAUGAUAUCAAAGUGUGAAACUGAAUAUUAAGGAUUUUCAGAAUGCUUAAAUUAAUUUUAAGGAAGUUUUUCCUGUGGGCAGAUCCAUGUAUUUAAUCAUAAAAUUUAUGAAAAUAGUAAU